AUAGUUCCAGGUCCGCCUCCUACCCACAUGAGGAACACCGAGAGGUGCACUGCCAAGGAGAUGGCCGAUUACACGAUCAGCUGGGACGCGGAGGGCUUUAGGGGCGAGGGUGACUACUUAGAGUACGUUCGGACGUACAUUAUGCGGCCUCUGAGCGGUGGCCGUCGAGCUGAGAGAGGGGGACCUGCAGCGCUGGUAGCUGGAGCAGGAGUAGGGGUGGGAGCAGGAGCGCCGAGGGUGGCUCGGGGCCGUGGUAGGAGUGGAGCUCGGAGGGGACAUGGGGCUAGUUGGCCAGCACUGCCCGUGACGAUGACAUGCCGAGGGCGGGGUGGGGGGACUUACCAGAUUCCCAUUGCUCCCCCUCUGGCUGAUCAUGAGUUAGUCGGGUUCUACGGCUUACCUCCGGCCUCUUCUGAGUACACUCGCCAGUCCCUAGAGCUGACUGCCUCCGUGAUGGGGAUGCUCCAGCAGAGCCUCGACCUUCUGGCGAUUUACAGCAUUCCGGUAUGUUUCUCUGACCGCGGUCUCAAACCAUACAUAAACUGUUUCACAUAUCUGAUGCACAACACGACACUGGAUACACCGCCCUCACGACAUCUGACAUACUGUAGCCCACAGACUGUUCACAGCACUAUCUACGGCAUUUACACUGUACUCAUACCUUGCAUUCUGCACUGUCACACUGCUCACAGCAUUCACACACUGUAUUUAUACACUGCAUUCUGGACUGAUAUACUGCUCACAGUAUUCACACACUGUAUUCAUACACUGCAUUUUGUAGCAUACUGAUACACUGCU